GCACAGGGGGAUGUUCCGGUCCGCUUUAGCCUGCCUUGCUACACACAGCCUGCAUGGGACAGCCUGCAGACCCGAGAAGUGGCGUAGUAGCAGUAGCUGCCUCGCGGCUAUGUUUUCCGGCCCUGCCCGCUGAGUGCCCAGUCUGCCAGAGCUGAGAAGAGGGCGAGAUGAUGGGACAGACACUGGAGGAUGGCGUUGCCACCGAGGAGCUGGAAUGCAAGAUCUGCUACUGCCCCUACAGCCUCACCAGCCGCCGGCCCAAGGUGCUCGAGUGUUGCCAUCGGCUGUGCGCUAAGUGCCUGGCCAAAAUCCUGGACUUGGGAGAGUCGCCACCAAAUGCGGUAGUGUGCCCAUUCUGCCGGUACAUCACCGGUUUGCCAGGGGAAGCAGUGGGCAGCCUCCCCGAUGACUGCAACUUGGUGGCGGCACUGUCUCUCCAAGUGCGCAACCACAGAAAUCUUCACGAGGGCCCUGGAGAGAUCCUCCUCAGUCCCAGGCACCUGAGCUCUCUGGUGGGCCCAUCUGCCACAGCCUCCCCCUCUUCUUUGCGCAGCUCCAACUAUGUGGUCAUCACCAUCAUGGAGUCCCCGCCGGAGUCCAAUGACCCUCACACUGGGCCCCUGGCAGCACGCGGCAGGGACUACCGCUCCUCUAGCUUGGAUUCCAUGGCUUCUAUCACACAGCGGUGGACAGUAUGGAACUGUGCAGCCCUGCUGUGCCAGACGUCGGCCCGGGCCCUUGUGUGGCUCCUGGGGCUGUUGUACUUCAGCUCUCUUCCGAUGGGCGUCUACUUGCUCAUAAUGCAGAAAACCACCUUGGGCGUGCUGCUGGUCAGCUUGGUGCCCGCUAGCCUGCUCAUGAUCAUGGCAUAUGGGCUCUGCCAGUGCCUUUGCCACGAAUUCUGGGACUGCGUGCCACCCUAACAACCAAAGGGAAACCUUUCACAUCAGCAGCCUGACUUUAGUGACGUGUUGCUCCAGAGUGAUUAGAGAAAAAAUUAUAUGGAUACCAUUUUAUUUCCUUUAUUUUCCACCAGUUUUGGAUAGUUUGGAACCAGCAAAAAUGGAUAAUAUAUGAUGGGGCAAUGGACACAACUGAACACAAAGUAGUUUUCAGCUAGCAAAAGUAACAUUAUAACUCCCUGCUUUGCUAAUAGCUGCUUUGAAAUAUUUGUCAUUUGGUCCACCGAACACUGAGACGGAAAACACUUCUCAGUGUUAAGAACUUUAAAUAUGUAAUUUAUUAACUUUUAAAAAAAUACUUUACAAUGACAGACUGUCUGCAUAUUUAUAGAGCACUCAACUGAAUAUGGAGACUGUAUGUUUGCCUAACAGUAAAUAUAUUGAGGAAUGUUUUUGUGCAAAAAUCUGAGGUAUGUUAGUCUGAGCCACCAAAUGCACUCUUGUGCAAAGUAACUGAUCUGUGAUUAUCAUUUAACGAUCAAGUGUAUGAUUUCUCUGUGAUGUAUGGUAUAUGCAAAACAGAUCAAUGCCUUGAGUAUGUUAUGUUGUAUAAUUAUUGUGACGUUUAUAGUCAUUUUGUCAGCUAUCCUUUUUGUGACAAGAAAUUAAAUGGAGAAACACUUUUGGAA